AUGUCGCGGGCCGAAAACAAGAAGGACAAUAAUAUGCCAGCAGGAGACUCUGAUAAGAGGGACAGGCUCGGCAAGCGUAAGGCACGUGUCUCUCGUGGUUCUGAAGUCGCCCCCAAGCGCGGAAAAAAGACCCGCUCGAACGAAGAUAAAUAUGCACCCCCACAGGCUCGUUUGCGUGAUAUUGGAGGAGCUGCUGUGGCCAUCGAAAAGGCGCUCGAACUUGUUGCGAUGCCCCUCUGCCACCCUGAGAUCUAUUUGCAUACGGGCGUGACACCGCCUCGCGGCGUGCUUUUCCAUGGUCCGCCCGGCUGCGGUAAAACUAUGAUUGCAGGCGCACUCGCUGGUGAGUUGGGUGUACCGUUUCUCUCGAUUAGCGCACCGUCGGUUGUGUCGGGCACGUCCGGCGAGUCAGAAAAGGCUCUGCGGGACACCUUUGAAGAGGCCAAGGCUAUGGCUCCUUGCAUCCUGUUUGUCGAUGAAAUUGAUGCAAUUACACCAAAGCGCGAGACGGCACAGCGCGAGAUGGAGCGCCGUAUCGUUGCACAGCUGCUCACCUGUCUUGAUGAGCUCGCAUGGGAAAAAGGCGAUGGGCGCCCUGUUAUGGUGCUAGGUGCAACGAAUCGACCUGACUCGAUUGACCCAGCGCUUCGUCGCGCUGGCCGAUUCGACCACGAAAUUGCUAUGGGCGUCCCAGACGAGGACGGUCGCGAACAAAUCUUGCAGGUGUUGUGCAGCCGGUUGAAGCUCGCGGGCGACUUUGACUUCCGGUACUUGGCAAAGCGCACGCCAGGCUAUGUCGGUGCGGAUCUCACGUCUCUGACGGCGGCCGCUGGUAUCAUCGCUGUGAAGCGCAUUUUUCAGCAUUUACAGGAUCCCGAGUCACAGGAUAUGCAAUGUGACGAGCCGAGCAAUACACCUGUGCCGGAAGCUGUGCCUCCGCCCGGUGAAUUAGAGGCAUCAACGCCUACGACGGCCGAGCCUGCGCCCGAGACGGAGGUGGAGCCUGAAGCUGAAGCUGAGCCUGAGCCUGAAGUACACGCAACGAUGGCCGCGGAGUUCCUCGAAGAUCUGCCAGUCGCCGUGCGCUCCUCCUCGAUUGCCACGUUCCUGCAGCGGUUCCCUCAUCCUUUGCCUGAUGCACAACUUGCGAAGCUGGCUAUCAACAACCAAGACUUUCUCGAAGCCCUCAAGGUAGUGCAGCCGUCGUCUAAGCGUGAAGGCUUCGCGACAGUUCCUGAUGUUACGUGGGACGACAUUGGCGCGCUCCAUCAGAUCCGCGAAGAGCUCAGUAUGGCUGUGGUACAGCCGAUUCGCCGCCCCGACUUGUUCCGCGCUCUAGGCGUGAAUGCGAGCUCGGGCGUGCUACUGUGGGGCCCCCCAGGCUGCGGCAAGACACUGCUGGCCAAGGCCGUGGCCAACGAGAGCCGCGCGAACUUUAUCAGCAUCAAGGGGCCAGAACUACUGAACAAGUAUGUGGGUGAGAGCGAGAAAGCUGUGCGUCAAGUUUUUGCGCGCGCACGCGCUUCAUCACCGUGUGUCAUCUUCUUUGACGAGCUCGACGCACUCGUGCCCCGCCGUGACGAUACGCUUUCGGAAUCCUCUGCGCGCGUUGUUAAUACACUACUUACUGAGCUGGACGGUCUCGAGUCGCGUGUUCAGACCUAUGUGAUCGCCGCAACGAAUCGGCCUGAUAUGAUUGAUCCGGCAAUGUGCCGCCCGGGGCGCCUGGACCGCCUGCUCUAUGUGGACCUUCCCACGCCUGAUGAGCGCCUGGACAUUCUGACCACACUGACGAAGGCGUCGCCGCUGGCAACCGCCGCAGAUGCCGAUGCAGAGCGUCACGCAGUUCAUCUGGAUCAGAUUGCGCGCGAUCAUCGCGCGGACGGCUACAGCGGCGCGGACCUUGCAGCACUUGUACGCGAAGCCGCUGUCACGGCGCUACGCGAGAAGAUCGUGUCGCCGCUCCGCAUCAACGACGAGCACAUACCACUGGGGCGCGUGUGUAUUUACCAGCACCAUUUCUUGCAUGCAUUUGACCGCGUCCAGCCUAGCGUCACGACGGAGCAACGCCUCAAGUACGAGGCGCUGCGGGGCCGCCUGGCCGCUGGUGCCCCCCGCGCUCGGUAG